AUGUUACCUAAUGAGAAAUAUAAUCAAAAAUGUCAAGAUGAAUUUAUAAAAAAAUGUACAAGUGAUAGUUUCGUUGAUGGAGACAAUGUGUUUCGAUCUUGUCAUGAAAAUUUCGAUACUUUUAAAGGAUCAUAUUUGCAUGAAAUUAUUUGGAAGGAUGUUGACAAAUGGUGGGAUAAAACAGCACUGGUUUGCUCAACAACUCAUAGAUCCUACACUUAUGCCCAACUUCGUAAACUCAGUGGUAAAUUCGCAACAUCAUUAAGAAAAUUAAAUAUAAAACCAAAUGAAACUGUAGCUGUUAUUUUACCAAACAUACCAGAAUUUGCAAUUGUUACAUUGGGAGCCAGUGAAGCAGGAAUUCGUCUAACACUUGUUAAUUCUGAAUUUACUUCAAGAGAAAUAAAAAAUCAGCUUAAAAAUUCAGAGACAGUUGCUGUAGUGAGUGUUUUAAUUAAACACAAUGUUAUCAUUGAAAGUAUUAACGACGUUGCGUCAAUAAGACAUCCACCAAUUUAUGUAAAUGAUGAAAAACAUUCACAGCCAUCUGGUACCAUCAAUUUUGAUGAUCUCAUUGCAGAUUGUGUCCAGGAAUUUUAUAAAACUGGUGAUAAAAUUGGAGUCAAUGCCAUGACUGACACUGCGGUUCUACCUUAUUCCAGUGGUACCACUGGUCUUCCAAAAGGAGUUGAAAUUACUCACAGAAAUUUAGUAACAAACUUGGCACAAUUUCAUCAUGAAGAUUGUAAAAUAAUUCAACCAGCUGUUGGAAAUUUUCAGGAAGUUAUUCCACUUGUUCUUCCACUUUUUCAUGCAUAUGGAUUUUCCGUAGUAUUAUGUCCAGGUCUAAGCAAUGGUGCAAAGAUGAUUUUACUAUCAAAAUUCAACUCAACUGAUUUUUUAAGCCUCCUGGACAAUAACAAAUCAACGUUAUUUUUUUUGGUACCACCAAUUAUUCAAUUGAUGAUCAAUGAUGACAGAUUUACUAAAAAACAUACAAAUAAUUUAAGACAAAUAAUAACAUGUGCAUCAGUGAUUAGCAAUAAAAAUAUAGCUAAAUUAAGAACAAAAUUUGGAAAUGAAUUUAUUUUUUCUCAAGGAUAUGGACUAACUGAGACGACAACUGUAAUAACAAUUGGAAAUAAAAAUAGUCCUUGCACUUCGGUGGGACGUUUGAUGCCCAACACUUUGAUGAAAAUCAUUGGUAGAUCUGAUGAUAAUCUUGGAAAAUGUCUGGGAGUUGAUAAAAUUGGUGAGGUACUUGUCAAGGGAUCACAAGUUACAAAAGGUUACUUUAAAAAUCCACAGGCAACCCUGGAUACCAUUCAAGAUGGAUGGCUAAAAACUGGUGAUCUUGGUAGCUUUGAUGAAAAUGAAAAUUUAACACUUCAUGGAAGAAUCAAAGAAAUAAUCAAGGUCAAUGGCAUGCAAGUGUCACCAACAGAACUUGAAUUACUUUUUCAUCAACAUGAUAAAAUUUCUGAUGUUGCUGUUAUUGGUAUACCUCAUGAACGAUCUGGUGAAAUCUUAAAAGCAUUUAUUGUCAAAAAAAAAGGAGCUGUUAUUUGUGAAAAUGAUGUUAAAAAAUAUCUUGCUACAAGAGCUGCUCGGUACAAGCAAAUUGAACAAGUUGUUUUUGUUGAUAAAAUUCCAAAAGAUGCAGCUGGUAAAAUAUUAAGAAAACAACUACGUUAUAUUGAUGAUACGUAGAAAAUAUAAUUUAUAAUAAAAUUACAAUCUAAUUCCAUGUAAAUCUUUAAAGAAAA